UGGUUGUAGUGGUGGUGAUACUUUAUACCAAUGGUGGUAGUGGUCAUAUACUGGUAGUCAUGAUGGCAGAGAUGGGCGUCAGCAGGAGGUGAUGGUGCCGGUGUUGGUAGCGGUGUGAUGGUCGAGGUGGAGGUGGUGGUGGUGGUGGUGGUGGGGCGCGCAGGUGAGCGUGGGAAUGUGAGGUGUGAGGGAGAGACCCGGCCAGUGUGUCGAUGGCAGUGGUGAGGCAAGGACCGCGCCGCUCCCUCUCGGCUCCUCCCCUCGACAACCUCACACUUGCACACACACAGCUAGCGCGCUCCGAGGCAAAAAAGUGUGUGUUCCGGUGACGCUGCGUGUGUCGGUGCUUCACUGGAAACCAAUAUUUCCUAUCUAUGACGAGAAAAAAUUAUAUUUGAUUCCCCAUAUCCAGAGCGCAAGAUCAUAUCCUCUUUUCCUGCACAAAAUACCGGGUUUUCUGGUGUCAGGAAGGCUGUGGACUGCCCAAAGGCCCUCGACAUCCAAUUAACACCGAGAGCAGAGAGUGUCCGGGGGAGAGGACUCACGUGCAGGUGACUCUCAUCACCCUCACUAAUUAACACAAGAAAGGCCACAGAACUGAACGUGCACGGGGACCAAAAAAGAAAGAAAAAGACAACAGCCCCGAAAAAAAAAAGUGGAGGAAAAUAAUCGACUCGGCACUUAGCUAUCCUCAUCUGAAGCACGGUGGCAGCAAGCUCAUUUAAAAGGUGACGGACGCUCUGUGGCUGAGUCAGUGACAGCGUCACCCCAAGAUGUUGUCGCGACGCCUGACGGCGCGGUGCAAGGCUUGUAGCGAGGCGGCCUGCCUGGUGUAGCCAUGUCGAGGCUGUGAGCCGCCGCGCCAGGCCUGAAGCACCUCGCCGGAGCCCUGCUGGCCGGCGGGGCGGAUGGGCGGUGAUGGUGGGGCGGCGUGGAGUGAUGCAGGCGGCAUGACGCUGUCCAUGCACCCCGGGACGCUCCUGCACCCUCCAGACCAUGUGCACGUCGCAGAACCAAAACACGACUCUGUAUCAGCCCAGGACGCGCACGGCUUUGGUGUGGGCGUGUGUGUGGGUGUGGGCGUCGUUGGGCGUGGGUGUGUGGGGAGGGUGUCCUAAUGUGUGCGAGUGCUUCUGGCGAGACGGGAUGCAGACGGCGGCCUGUCGCGGAGCAGACUUCAUAGACGUCCCUCGUGGCAUCGAACCCACUACCCAGGUGCUUGAUCUCAGUCACAACAACCUGAAGAUCCUCCCGCGUGACGCCUUUGCUUACACAGGCCUCGUCAACCUGCAGAAGGUGAUGCUCAACCACUGUAACCUCAAAUUCCUAGAGAAGGGCUCCUUCAACGGCGUGGAGAACGUGAAGGAGCUGGACCUGAGCAACAACCACCUUCGAGCCGUACCGUCAGAGGCCCUCAUGAAUAUGCUCAUGCUGCGGGAGCUACGCAUCUCCCACAACAACCUCACCACCAUCCCCGCCGCCGCCUUCCGCAACAUUCCGCAUGUCGUCCAGCUCGAUCUGAGUCACAACCACAUCCACACGAUCGAAACAGGCGCCCUGUUUAACCUUACCGAGCUAGAAAUUCUGAACGUAGCCGAAAACAAACUCACGUUCCUCAACGCGUCAGAGUUGGUGCCUCUGGUGCUGCUGCGGGUGAUCCGGGUCGAUGGCAACCCGUGGCGCUGCACCUGCCACCUCCGCCCGUUGCGGCAAUGGUUCCACGACCGUAACUUGGCCGCGUCCGUACCGCCCACGUGCUCGUACCCAAAAUGGCUGAUGCGGCAGGACUGGCAGCUGCUGGCGAAAGAGGAACUGUUGUGUGCGCCUCAGGUUACGGCGGUCGCUCCCCGGGUGCUGGCGGCUCACGGGGAAAAUGUGUCGCUGCUGUGUCGCGUGGAGACUGAGGUGGACACGGCCAUCACCUGGUUCAUGGGCGACGUGCCACUGUUCAAUGAGAGCGAUCUGCAGCGUGACCUGGUGGUGGACCUGAUCUCAUCAAACAAUACGUCAUAUGUUUCCAAUCUGACAAUCACGGACGUGGCGCCAGAGGACCAGGGCACGUACCGCUGCGUGGCGGAAAACAAGGCUGGCGUGCGAGAGGCCAACUUUACACUGCAGGUGUCACACGAGGUGGCGGAGGUGCGCGUGGCUAACAUGGAGGUGAGCUAUAUGAAGGAGGGCUUGCUCGGGGGCGUCUCGGCCCUCCUGGUGGUAAUGGUGCUGGCGUGUAGUGUGUUGUACUGCAAGGUGCGUAGUGGCAGGGAACCACGGCGAGACGAGGACAGCGUGGAGACGGCUCAGUCCUCACGGAGCUCAGAGUGUGACCCGCAGCACAAAUUGGCAGGCUACCACGUGGUCCCCACCAACGACAUGGAAGACACGUCACCGAAGAGACAGCAGCAGCCGGACCCCACCUGGAGCAUCAGACACAGAGGUGCUCCAGGUGACUUCCCUCUAGGUAACGGCGCCGAGGUGGGGACCAGCGAACGCCCUGAACUGUCAGAGGGCGCCACUGCUCAGGCCAUGGCGUCCGGCACAUUACCAUACGUGGACCCCGCCGCCAAGGACGAGGCGUGUGCGGCGCGGCUGGCGGCCCUGGAGGCUGGCCAGUGGAAGGACGUAUUGUGCCCCAAAGACAUGUUCCCCCACAGGGUAUGCAGCCGCUCGGUGUCACAGGUGUCCCUCAGUGGGGGGCGCCAGUACCCCGACCUACUGGACCUGCCGCACCCUCAGCUCGGCCUGCAGCUCCAGCAACACCUGCAGCUCCAGGAGGUCGGGCAGGAGCUACAGGGCCUCGCCGCCGCCGCCUCGUGCUCCAGACCGCGGACAUUCAGUGACGCUGGCGGGAUGGGCAGCGGCAGUGGCGGCGGUGCGGUGGCGGCAGAGGGACAGACCACUCUUGAAACUCCCCUCUCACAAGUCUACACUCCGCAAGACCAUUCAGACAGUAGGUCCUCCAGCGCCCUCAAUCUCGCGCUCAGCCAGGCUGCCUCAAACGCCUACGCCAACGCCCAUCUGGCCGCCGGGACUCACCAGUGUCUCGGGGCGGCGCCUCUGAUGGAUCCCGCCCACGCCCAGGCCCUGAGGCCCCUGGAGGACCCCUGCAGCGGCAAAGGGGCGGAGGCGGACGGCGGCAUGUGCAGCCACCACCACGCCCCCGACCCUUGUCACUUCGAGUACCACGCAGCGCAGCUGGAAAAGUUCUUGACGGAGUACCGCUGUUUACAAGAGCAGCUCAUCCACAUGAAGCAGUCUUACGAGGCACACAAGCGGGCGGGCUCCAUUCCGAGCCUGGACUGCUGCUCGAUGGGCGCCAGCGGUCCACGGACAUCCAUGGCGGAGUUCCCUAAGGGCGCGCCCUGCUGCUCCUGUGGCAGCAAGGGGACGUACUUGCCCCCUUUGGGAGUUCCAACAGUUGGUGCUGAUUUCGCCCAGACUUCUCUCACCGACACCACCGCCCCUCUGCCGCCACCAUCGGUUGGUGCUACUGGCUUCCCUGACACGGUGCAGGCGAGCGAACCAAGUCUGGAACCCCCAAGCACGCAGGCCGUGACAGCAUACGCGGAGGGCUUCAUGCCGGGGCGUCAGUACGUGGACAGCAACUUGACUCAGCAGCAGGGACCAGGCUUUGCGGUCAUGGGGGAGGCGGGGCUUGGCUCUCCAGGAACACAAAGCCCAGCUAGAGGAAGCCCAAAGAUCAACACAAUGACAAAGGCGUCCAAAGAGCCUCUGAAGUCCAUCCUCAAGAAGAACACGGAGGGGGGGGGAGGAGGAGGAGGAGGAGGACGGCGACGCGGCGACCAGUGGACCAGAAGUGCCUCUUGCUGUGAGCGGCGGGCAGGCCCCACCCAGAUCGGGGACCCCUCCUACUCUGCCCCGGACUCGUGCUCCAAAACUACCGAGACGCUCCAGCCAGCCGACCUUUCCCGCCCCGCCCCAGGACACGGCCACUACGAGCCCUAACUCAGAGUGUCGGCUCUGAACGGACACACACCACAGUACGAGCAUCCCCCGCCGCUGCGCACACCACCACCCUGCGACAUCAAGCGUGGAUCAAACGAAUAUAUUAGGAAAAAAAAAGUCUAAUAAAAGAAGAGUAUAUUCCCACAGUCUAAGUAAUGAUGAACGUACGUACAUCAGUCACUUGCACUUUAAUAACAAAAAAAAAAAAAAAAAGGAAGUAAAAAUUAUGUUUGGCGUAAUAAAAGUAAGUUGUUGCACUGAUGUCUUUAAAAAAAAAUAUACUACUAAAACUCAACAAAAAAUAACUAUAAAAAAAGUAAAGUAUGUGUACAUAAUGUCUUUUGUAGAUGUAAAUAAUUUCUUAUACACACACACACACGUCACUCCAAAAAAAAUAAAUAAAUAAACAAUAACAAACAACUAACCCAAAAAAUCUAUAAAAAUCGAAGACAAAUGGUACAGAAACAACUAUAUACGAGUACUUCGAUACUUUUUCGGUUGCGUUUUUCCUAUUGAGACAUUUAGGUUCCCCAUUUCCAGAGUGCGUCGUUGUAAACGUGUUGUGAUAAACUGGAAACUUACGAAGGUUGGCAAAUACUGUCAUGGUCAUUAUUAUUUCCUUCUUGGCUGUUGGUUUGCUAGUCCGUGAGAGCGAAAGUGAGAAUGAGUGACAGAGAGUGAGACUGACUGUGUGUGUGUGUGUGUGUGUGUGUGUGUGUGUGUGUGUGUGUGUGUGUGUGUGUGUGUGUGUGUGUGUGUGUGUGUGUGUGUGUGUGUGUGUGUGUGUGUGUGUGUGUGUGUGUGUGUGUGUUCGUCCAUGGGUGUCCCUUCAAUCGCUAUUCACUUCAAAGCCUCGGUGUACGGACUUCCAAGAGUCGAUCGUGUCUCUAUAUAAGGAUUUGAAUAAAAUAAAUAGAGAAAAAGUCAAAUAAAAAAA